AUGCAACGAUACCUCCAGGAGCAACAACCACCCUUGUGGUUCGAAUCGCAACCGUGCAUGCCAAACUCCUCCUAUGGCUACUCUUCGAUUGUCUCGUCGAUUGCACCUGGCGCACAGUUUCGACACGACUCCCCGCUCUCAUACCAGCAAUCGUUGGCAACCAGCGAUAAUGACCCAUACGUUGAUAGCACCCAAGGCCCAUCUACUCCUCCCAACAAUGUCAUCUCGUCCCCUCACAUCGCCCCGCAAGAUUCACACUCUCCUCGAUUCAUGCUCACUGGCCUUACCGACCCAGGCGCCGGCUCGGACAGUUCCACGUCGACUCCGUUCUAUCAUGACCAUCAUGAUCAUGACCCCAACCCCAAUCUUUUCGCCUCGCUAAACAACCCAACCUAUGGGGUUAACAACAAGGCUCAGACAUUCGUGGCCUAUCCCGACCUCCAGGACGCUGACACGGAAGAUGCACAACAAGCCGACGAUGGGUCCAGCAGUGAUCUUUCCAGCCCAACCAACCGCGAUGACGACGACGACGAGGAUUACAAGCCCACGCGCCGAGCCAAGUCAUCCCGAGCCCCCAAGAGUACCCCUCGCCGUGGGCGUCCAAGACGAUCGAGCUCUGGUACAAAUGCCAGCAAAACAAAGAUUUCCAAGCCGAGGCCUUCAUCUCGCGCUACCACGGCCCGCAGGCUGGUCUCGUCGACUGCUGUUAACACCAAAGUCUGCCCACACUGCAGCAACGGGUUCACAGAUCAGGCAACGCUCCAGAAACACAUCAACUCCCUCCACAAGCGUCCUUUCACCUGCGUCUUCCACUUUGCGGGGUGCGAUAAGGUGUUUGCCAACAAGAACGAAUGGAAACGUCACGUCUGGGCACAGCACCUGAACCUCCACUACUGGCUCUGCACCAAUGGCGCAUGUGGACAUGCAUCGACUCCAGAGGGCGGCGUCUACUCCAAGGAGCCAACCCAUGGUCGAAUCUUUAGGCGAAAGGACCUAUUCACGCAGCACAUCCGUCGGAUGCACGCACCUGCUCAUAUUGUCAAGGCAGAGAAGGACAAGAACCUUCCUUCUGAUUGGGUGGCGCAGGAGAAGAUGAUGCAAAAUCGAGCAGUUCGACAGCGUUGCGAGCUGCCGCUGUUUAUGCGUUGUCCUGCCCAGAACUGCCGCCUCGAGUUCAACAAUGGCUCAAAGACAUGGGACAACCGCAUGGAGCACGUUGCCAUUCACCUGGAGCGUGCGGCCAGCAAUGAGGAGUCUGCGGUGCUGUUUGGCGGUGUCAACGAUGUUGAACUCACAGAAUGGGCGUCAAGCCCGAGCGUGAAUGUCAUUGAGUUGACCACGGGAGGAUGGAAGACAUGCCAACCUCUCAAGGCGACUAGAGUCGAGCUCUGCGAAGCUCCCAACAUUGACACGAUUCUAGACGAGGAUGCCGAGGGCGAGGAGUGCACAUACGAGUGA